AUGGCCGAAGCCGCUCUUGGUGUUGCAGGUUCAGUUGUAGGGGUCUUGUCCCUUGCAGGCCAGAUCUGCAAUUGUAUCCAGAAACUUUAUGCCUUCCUUGAUUCGGUCAGCCAUGCAGAGUGUGAUGUACAGAGCCUCAGAACCGAGUUGCUAUUAUUCGAAACUAUCAUACAGUCAAUACGUGAGGAUUAUUCGAACUUCUCCGAGUUUAUUGACACCAAACAUCUCAACGCAUCGCUCAAAUUGUGUCACUCCCGUAUCCGGAGACUCGCGUUCUCGAUUAUUCCUCGGACAGCUUCGCGGAAAGGAAGUCGCGGGCUGAAAUCUUCCAUCAACCUAGCCUUCAGGAGACAGAGCAUUGCGAACUAUGUGAAAGAUUUCGAUAGUGCGAAGUUGACCUUAAUACUUGCCUAUCAACAGUAUGCCCUGUAA